AUGAAGUCCUUCAUUGCUCUGUUCUUCGUCCUGGCCGUCGCCGCCGUCUACGGUGCUGAGGAGUCGAAGGUGACCGAGAAGCGUGGAAUCGGCUACGGUGGACUCGGCUACGGAUACUCCGGCUACCCGGGUCUGGCCGGACACGGCUACUACGGCGGACUGGGCGGAUACGGAUACGGUCACGGACUCGGCUACGGCUCGGGUCUCGGAUACGGAUCCAGCCUCGGCUACUACGGCUCGUACCCGGGCUAUGGCGCGCACUCCGGAUACUACGGUGGCUACACCGGUGGAUACUCCGGCUACCCGUACGGUCUCGGCUACGGACUUCACUAA